AUGGGCUUUUACUCAGCAUCAUCCACGUCCUCGCCAUUCGAUGGCCCCGUUAUCAUUGAUAAAAUGGGCUUUAUACAGUCAGCAUUCCGCGCGGGAGGCCCUUAUUUAUGCUCACUGCCAGCUGGUACGAUUAUAACUGGUCCGCAUUAUGACCCCGACACUGUGUACGAGAUCGAAGGAUAUGCGGCAGAAGUCCUUGGUGACCUUCAUCUGCAGUAUCAAGGCAUUCGGCUCGUGGGAAGAUACUCCAAGUUUGACCCGGAGCCUGAACAAGUCACAACCGUGCUUGUCACAAUGCCAAAUCAACCACAGCCAGAAUUAUGGUACCGAGCUGCAAAGGAGAUUGACCAGUCGCUAAUAAACCACCGUCAUCAUGGAAUCUCGGUUGAGAUCAUCGAAACAGACCUGUUCAAUGGCAUCUAUUGCUCGCCUGUUGAGUCAAGCCAUUCAAUCUUCCUUAAGUGGAAGAACCUCGCGCAGGAGAUCGUGUCCCGUUGUCCUAACACCCAUGACUGGGUUGGAUUGGACUGUUUUCGGUAUGGAACAAACCCCCUUCGCAGCUCCAAUCCAGUGACGGUAAUCAUCCGUGUCCGCAAAACGUGCGAAAAUCCAUUCAUUACCGCUGCACGAUAUGUACAUGGUAUUCUUGUGGCAUUUGGUGAAGCAGCAGUAGAUGUUUUGUUCAUGAAAGAUGCAACCAAAUCCUUUGUCUGGAACCAGAUAGUUCCAAUUGAGGCUGCCAAUGGAUCGGUGUACCCCGGGGUUAGCAUCGGAAUACAUCGAAGCUCAGCAGGCUCUUCCACCUUGGGUGGCUUUGUCCAACUCCGAUUCAAAGGCCAAGAGAGUUGGGAUACAUAUGCUCUUACCUGCUUUCACUGCGUCUACCCGCCAGAAAUGUAUCAUCGAGAUCGCUAUCUUCGAACUUCCGAUGCUAAACAGGGACUUGAGAGAUGGGUAAGACACCCCCUGACGAUGCACGACAGUGCUUUGUUCCUUGAUAUCGCGAAGCGCAUUCUCCGAAUCGACCACCCAGCACCCCAGGAUCUGAGAACCACGAUCGACUCACUGAAAGAGUCCAUUAGAAAGCUGAAGAACGCUUCUUUCUAUGACUCAAAAGUCGAGAUCGACAAGGGAAGACAUGGGAGACUGUCAGAUUCUGCCAAGGUUGGGUAUGAGGCUACGCUGAGGUGCAUUCGACAAUUGGAGAAGGAGCGGGAUGCAUAUGCAAAAAUGCUGGACAAUGGAGCAUAUUACCUCGGACAUGUUGCUGCCGGAAGUGGGAUGAACCGCACCCGACUUGAUGAGAACAAUGAUCGGGUCGCCGUUGACUGGGCUCUGAUUAAAAUGUCGAGGAAUAGAAUCCACCGACAAAUGCACAGAGACUACGUCUCUGGUAAAAAUGGGUUCGAGUGCAAUCCACUGACCCACACGCCGAUCACCUUCACGCAUUAUGGUGGCUCAAUCCUGGAUGUCUGCGAUGGACUAAGACUUUACAAGUCCGGGCGAUCUACUGGCAUGACGUGUUCGGUGCAUCAUGGCUUGGAAUCUAUCAGGCUUGAUCGGCUUGAAAGCAAGAAGGGACCUGGAUACGAUCUCGUCAUCACUUGGGUCUCCAAGACCGCGACUCCUGAGGAUUCCAUUCCAUUCGCACGACUUGGAGACUCUGGUGCUUGGAUAACCAGAGUCGAUGGCAAGGUUUUCGGUAUAGUGACCGGAGGCGAUGAGCGGCAAGGUACCACCUACUUCUGUCGGAUGAAUGAUGUGUUCGAGGAUAUUAAGGAUAAUACCGGUGCCGUUGAAGUCAGAAUAGCCCCAGUACCAGUUUCGUGA